AUGCUGGAAUUGGAGCAUUGGGAGAAAAGCUCAGAAAGGUCUGUAGAACUUGCUCCUUUUCAGCUUUCUUUUCAAGUUUUUACAUUCUGGGAGUGUUUUACUAAUAAGAUUUUUUUAGAUUUUAUUCUUUGUAGCCGAUUUCUCCUAGAUGAUCAAUAUAAAGCUCCUAGUCAUCUAGUAGGAUGUAGAUAA